AUGGGGGUGGUGGGUGACUGUCAGGGUUCUGCCCUUCAUCACUGGGGGAGGAGAUACCCUAGACACCCUCGAGGGAGGAGGCGCAUGCAGAGUCGUAAGAGUCUGGCUCAGGGCCCCUCCCACCCCUGCAUCCCCACUGCACCCCCACUGAAGCCUAUCUCAGCUGUGAGCACACCGGCCUGGAGCCUCCCAGCAAGUCCCCGAGGCGAGGUGGCCCAGCAGACCCACCCCCUUCCUCCAUGUCUAGCAGGUGGGACAUCCCUUCUCCUUGCCACUCCAGGAGUGGUUCUGGAGCCAAUCUGUGAGUGGUUCUGGGGUUUGCAGGCUGAGCCACUGUUGCUGUGCUCCCCGCAUGAGCCCCCAGAGCAAACUGUCUGCCCUGCUGCCUGA